AUGGAGGCUCUACUGCUGUCUUUGCUUGGACUGCGGAUGGUGACGGGACUCGGACACUGGUGCGAACACAUGGUGGAGGAGAGGGUGGAGCGGGUCCUGUCCCCCCGUCUGCAGCUUGAAGUAGGUUGUUCUGAGGUGUACCGGUACAACACCCAGGGCUGGAGGCUGGAUGUGGACAGGAUGCGGGCCAAACAUGGAGGGGACGAUGGAAUUGCAUUGUAUUACAAACAACAGGGUCCCAAGGCAUCCUGCUUCUUAUACAAACCUCCAGAGAUGGAGAGUCAGAAGGUCAAUAAGACAGUACAGAGUUGCUGUGAGGGCUGGGGAGGACCUCGGUGUUCACAGGGUGUGGGCACGCGUGGCCGCUGUUACUCCACGUGGAACUGUGAGGAGUUCCCCGGGGUCCACAACUCCUCCCUGAUGCCCAUGGAGCAGUGCUGUAGCAGCCUGUGGGGGCUAAGCUGGAGGAACGCCUCUGACCAGACUUGCCUGUCCUGCACUUACACCCUCCUCCCUGACUUCCAGACGUCCCCUGUGGUACGUGGGGGUCUGCUUGUUAACACCAGGGACCCCCAAGGCUCAGCCACCUGCAUGACCUGGGGUGGGACCCACUAUCGCUCCUUUGACAGGAAGCACUUCAACUUCCAGGGCAGCUGCACCUAUCUGCUGGCCUCCUCCUCUGAUGGGACUUGGGCUGUCUACAGUAGCACGGUCUGUGAUGGAAGAGGAGAUUGCAGCAAGGCUCUUAGGAUGAUGCUGGGUCUAGACCUGGUUUCAGUUCACCACAGGAACUUAACGCUCAACAGCCUCCCUGUCCCACACGGAGAACCGCUCUUCCAAAAUGGAGUCAGCGUCCAUUGGCUGGGCGACUUUGUUUUUGUGGAGAGCAGCCAGGGGGUGAGGGUGAAGUUUGACCUGGCCAACACAGUCUAUCUGACGGUGACCGCCGAACACCUGGCAGCCACCAGGGGACUCUGUGGGGUCUUCAACAAUAACGCUGAUGAUGACUUCACAACAAUUAGUGGAACUGUGUCUCAGUUUGCUGCCAGUUUUGGCAAUUCAUGGAGGGUUCCUGACCAGCAGAAUGAGGGCUGCAGUGAUGCGGCUGAGCUGGGUCACAGCUGUGACAUCACUGGAGACGUCGCCCUGCGCAGGAGGGCGGAGUCUGUUUGUCACCGACUACAGGAGCGUCCUUUCACUCAUUGCCACCACAGGGUGGACCCAGCAGCCUACAUAGACACCUGUCUCUAUUUGUACUGUAGCUUGAGCUCCAGAGAGAGGGAGGGGGCCGUGUGUGACACCCUGGCCAGCUAUGCCCGAGAGUGUGCCCAGCAGCGUGUCAUAAUUAUCUGGAGGACGCCCACCUUCUGUGGUCGGGUCUGUCCCAGGGGUCAGGUGUUUUCUGACUGUGUGUCCUCGUGCCCCCCCAGCUGUACAUCUCCUCAAUCACUCAGCCAUGCUGUGGCCUUGGGCCAGUGCAGGGAGGAGUGUGUGGGGGGUUGUGAGUGCCCACCGGGCCUCUACCUCCACCAGGGGCACUGUCUGAAAAGGGACGAGUGUCCUUGUUUCCACCGCAGACACACCUAUCAGUCAGGGGACACAAUACAGCAGAGGUGCAAUACCUGUGUGUGCCGAGCAGGCCAGUGGCACUGCACAGGAGAGAGAUGUGCUGCCCAGUGCAGCCUAAUGGGGGCGCUACAGGUCACCACCUUUGACCAGAAGAGGUAUUCGCUGCAAGGGGGAGACUGUCCCUUCACUGCUGUGGAGGAUUUUGUUGACAGAAAACUGGUGGUGAGUGUGCGCUGCGGGGAAUGUGUGGCCGGUGGCGGAGGAGGAGGAGGAGGAGAAGGAGGAGGGCUGGGUUGCCUAAGAGAGCUGUCAGUCAUGGCUCUCCGUACAACUGUCACUAUCACUGACACCGGCACAGCGACGCUAAAUGGUCAGAGGGAGGCAUUGCCUCUCGUGACAGGGGAUCUGGUUGUACGUAGGGUCUCCUCCUCCUUUCUCUUGGUCCAAACAUUUGGGGCCCAGCUGCUCUGGCACCUAGACGGACCCUUAGCCUUCAUCACCCUGCAACCUGGUUUUGCAAACAAGGUACGUGGACUAUGUGGCACGCUGACCUGGAACCAGCAUGAUGACUUCACCACACCAGAAGGAGAUGUGGAGAACAGCAUCUCCUCAUUUGCAGCCAAGUUCACAGAGCAUUGUAUCUUACCAAGUGGGGCCCCAUCAGACCCCUGCACCACGUACACCCAGCGGAGAUACUAUGCAGAGAGUCUAUGUUCUGUCAUACACAGCCCCAUCUUCCAGGUCUGUCAUGAUGUGGUAGAGAGGGAGCCCUACCUGCGCCUGUGUCUGUCGGAGGUGUGUAGCUGUUCCCCCCAGAAGGCCUGCCACUGUCCCAUCCUCACCGCCUAUGCCCGCCACUGUGCCCAGGAGGGCAUGCUGGUCCACUGGCGAAACACCACAUUUUGCCCGGUGCAGUGUUCGGGGGGGCAGAUGUACCAGGAAUGUGGCCGUGCAUGUGGUGUCUCCUGCUCCGACCUGCAGCAAGGCCGGGGCUGUGAUGAUAAUAGUGAUGGUGGUAGGAGCUGUGUGCCAGGGUGCCAAUGCCCCCUGGGACUAGUACAAGACCGCCAUGGCCAGUGUGUGCCUAUCGCCGUGUGCCCCUGUGUGCAAGGAGACAGGACCUACCAGCCUGGUGCUACCAUUAAGAACAGCUGCAACACCUGUGUGUGUGAGCGUGGGGUGUUCAACUGUACCGAGGGGCGGUGUGAGGAGGUGAACCGGUGCCCUGGCUCCCUGGUCUACUCCCCACGCUCCUGCCUCCUCACCUGCUCCAGUCUGGAUCCUCCUGGACAACAGCAGGCGCCUGCAGGCCCCCAGUCGGGCUGCCAGGAGCCUCUUUCCGGUUGUGUCUGCCCUCAAGGCACCGUGCUGCUGGGUGAUCGCUGUGUUUUACCAGAGGAGUGCCCUUGCCACCAUAAUGGCCAGCUCUACAACAGCAAUGACACGAUCACCAAAGACUGCAACACAUGUGUGUGUAAGGAGCGCCGUUGGCACUGUGGUCAGUCUGCAUGCGGUGGUGUGUGCGUGGCCACAGGUGACCCCCACUAUGUGACCUUCGACGGCCGCUGCUACUCCUUCCUGGGCGACUGCCAGUAUGUGCUGGUGCAGGAAGCUGACGGCUCAUUCAGCGUUACGGCGGAAAAUGUGCCCUGCGGCAGCACCGGGGUCACCUGCACCAAGUCAGUCACCCUCAACCUGGGGAACACAGCCAUACAUCUGCUGAGAGGUAAAGCUGUGACAGUGAAUGGUAUGCCAGUGACUCUGCCCAAGUCAUACAGCGGCAGUGGACUGACUCUGGAACAGGUCGGCCUUUUUGUGUCCCUCUCCUCCCGGUUGGGAGUCACUCUGCUUUGGGAUGGGGGUAUGCGUGUGUAUGUGCGUCUGGCGGCCCAUCUGCGGGGGCGAGUUGGGGGGUUGUGCGGUAACUUUGAUGGGGACACAGAGAAUGACUUCACCACUCGGCAGGGUAUUGUGGAGUCCACAGCUGAGCUUUUUGGAAACUCUUGGAAGGUCAGCCCCUCCUGCCCAGAUGUAACGGACCAGGACCUUCGAGACCCCUGCAAUCUGAACCCCCACAGGAUGACAUGGGCCAGGAAAAGGUGUACAGUGCUCACCCAGGAACUCUUUGCCCUCUGCCACCCCGAGGUGCCCUUCCAGCAGUACUAUGACUGGUGUGUCUUUGAUGCCUGUGGAUGUGACUCUGGUGGGGACUGUGAGUGUCUGUGCACGGCCAUUGCUACCUACGCUGAGGAGUGUAACCGUCGUGGGGUUUAUAUCCGCUGGAGGUCCCAGGAACUCUGUCCCCUGCAGUGUGAGAAUGGUUUGGUGUAUGAGGCCUGCGGUCCUGCCUGCUCGCACUCCUGUCCCAGUGCAGAGCCAAGACCUGACUCCCAGUGUGGCGCCCUCUCCUGUGUGGAGGGCUGCUUUUGCCCCGCCGGCACAGUUCAACAUGGUGAUGGAUGUGUAGUGCCGUCUCAGUGUCCAUGUGAGUGGGAGGGCUCCGUGUUUCCACCCGGUGCCAAUGUUACUCAGCUAUGCCAGAACUGUUCCUGUGUGGACGGUGUGUGGCACUGUGAAGGUCUGGCCUGCCCUCCUCCCUCACCUCCAUGUCAGGAGUCAGAGUUUCAUUGUGCAGGGGGCCGAUGCAUCCCCUCCCAGUGGGUGUGCGACAACGAGGACGACUGUGGUGACGGGUCGGAUGAGAUCUGCCCAUUCACCUGUUCUCCCAAUCAGUUUCACUGUACCAGCACGCCAAAUGGACUCUGUUUGGACCUGGCCUUGCGCUGUGAUGGCCACCAGGACUGUGCUGACAAUUCAGAUGAGGAGUUCUGCGGGCCGGCUACCUUAGUGCCUUUGUGCCCGCUGGGGGAGUUUCAGUGUGCCAGCGGAAAGUGUUUGCCCUUUAAUCGUGUGUGUGAUGGACGGCUGGACUGCGGCUUCGCUGAUGGGUCAGACGAGCAAGACUGUGGCGUGGUGUGUGAUGAAGGGGAGUUCCUGUGUGCCGGAGGGCACUGCAUUCUCUAUCUCCACCGGUGUGACGGACACGAUGACUGCGGGGACCUUAGUGAUGAGAGAGGAUGUGUGUGUGCUCCAGGAGAGUUCCAGUGCCCCGGGGACCAGUGUCUCCCCACAGACAAAGUCUGCAAUGGACACAAAGACUGUCCCUCUGGAACAGAUGAAGCUAUCUGUCUGAGUAAAGUGACCUGCGCUCCUGGACAGUUUGCCUGUAGUGAUGGUACUUGUGUGAACGGGAAUAAGCUCUGUGAUGGAGCCACUGACUGUUUAGGUGGGGAGGAUGAGAACAGGUCCAGCUGCCAUGCCUUUACAGUGACUCCAUCACCCACGCCCCAUCGCCUCACCCCCACCACACCCAGUUCAGCCUGUAGGCACUAUGAGUUUGGCUGUGCAAGUGGUGGGCAAUGUGUGCCCAUGGCCUGGCGUUGUGAUGGGGAGACAGACUGUAUGGACGGUAGUGAUGAACAGCAGUGUCCCACGACCUGGUGUGGCCCCAGCCAGGUGCCCUGUCUCAGCGGUGACCAGUGCGUGGACUACCAGCACCUCUGUGAUGGAACCCCACACUGUAGUGAUGCCUCGGACGAGAGCGUGGACAACUGUGGCUCUGCUCGGAUCCCUCCCUGCCCAGGCAGCUUCUCAUGUGACAACCGAACUUGUGUUAACAUGACGCAAGUGUGUAACGGAGUCCAGGACUGUCCAGGGGGUGACGAUGAGCUGGUGUGUGAUAAGACCGUUUCACCGGCACCCCCCGGCAGCAGGAAUGCUACUGUCACCUGCCCUGAGUUCACCUGCAUGGACGGAUCCUGUGUACCCUUCAACGUGGUGUGUAACAAUGUAGCGGACUGCCCAGACUCUCAUCUUGCUCCACUCGGGGAUCCCACAGAUGAGCAGGGCUGUAGGAACUGGGGCGUGUGGGGCCCCUGGGACCCCUGCAGUGUCUCCUGUGGGACAGGAUCCAUGAGCAGAAGGAGAACCUGCCCACCAGGAGAUCCGCUACGUGACUGUCGAGGCCAACGUGAGCAGAGACAGCAGUGUUUCAACAUUACCUGUCCUGUGGAUGGCCUGUGGCUGCCGUGGGUGACCUGGUCCAACUGUUCCUCUGGUUGUGGAGGUGUGGAGGUGAGACACAGAGGCUGCAUUCCCCCUCGCUAUGGAGGCAGAGACUGCUCCCAGCUCCCAGGACCCUCCAACAUGGCCAUGGAAAUCAAUCCAUGUCCUGAGGAUGGUUGUACCAACACCACCUGUCCCAGUGGCCUGGUGAGACACAACUGUGCCCCCUGCCCCACCUCCUGUGCCCAUAUCAGCAGCGGAACAACCUGCAAUCCCAAAACACCCUGUUUCUCAGGCUGCUGGUGUCCGGAGGGCCGUGUCAUGAGUCACACUAAGCAGUGUGUGUUACCAGAAGAGUGUGUAUGUGAGGUGGCCGGCGUACGGUAUUGGCCAGGCCAGCACGUGAAGGAAGACUGUGAGAUCUGUGUCUGUGAGAGAGGACGGCUUCAGCAAUGCCAGCCCAACCCAGAAUGCUCUGUGCACUGUGGCUGGUCAACGUGGUCUGAAUGGGGAGAGUGUUUGGGGCCCUGCGGGGUCCAGAGUGUUCAGUGGUCAUUCCGCAGCCCAAAUAACCCAACUAAGCACGGAGACGGGAGUAUGUGCCGGGGAAUCUACCGGAAAGCCCGCCGAUGCCAGACAGAUCCCUGUGAGGAGUGUGAGUUCCAGGGCCAGUCCCACGCAGUGGGGGACAGAUGGAGGACAGGCCAAUGCCAACUGUGCCACUGUCUGCUCAACCUCACAGUGCAGUGUUCCCCCUACUGCCCAUAUGCUGUCACUGGAUGCCCACUGGGACAGAGCCUGGAGCCCGGGGAAGGAGACAGGUGUUGCUAUUGUCAAGGAGGCAAUGCCACCAGCCUUGGAACAAUGAGCCCUUUCACUUUGCCCUCCAGGCCAUCAGAGGGCACCACACCCCUAGUGCCCACCUACCCACUUCCUCCUGAUGAAGAAUGCUGGGCACCUUUGGGGAUGCAGUCUCUUCCAGCUUCCAGCUUCAGUGCCUCAUCCCACCAGCCUGAUCAUCCACCGGAGGAUGCUCGCCUCUACAGCUGGAACCCUCACAAGGACCUCCAGGGUUGGAGUCCAGAGCCGGCUGAGUAUAAGGACCUGCCACAGAGGAGCCCUGGAAGACACAGUGACACCGCACAAAACCCCUACUUACAAAUAGACCUGCUGAAGCCAUACAACAUCACUGGUGUGCUGACCCAGGGGGGUGGUGUGUUUGACACCUAUGUGUCCAGCUUCUACCUCCAGUUUAGCACUGACAGCAGACAGUGGUACACAUACCAGGAACUCGUCGCCGAUGCUCGGCCCAGACCUAAGGUUUUCCACGGUAACCAUGAUGAUGGAGGGGUUGCCGAAGGCAGACUGGACCGGCUGGUAUUGGCUCGGUUUGUCCGUCUGUUGCCGCAUGACUUUAAGAAUGGCAUCUACCUCCGCCUUGAAAUUAUGGGAUGCAGUGAUAGACACGGCUGGCUGACCACCCCUGCUCCUCUGCUCCCAGUCUCCCCAGCCGGUGGCUGCAGAGAGAGGGAGUUUCGCUGUAACAGUGGUCGCUGCGUCCCUGCGGGCCCGCUGGGUGUCGUCUGUGACGGGGUCAACGACUGUGGAGAUGGAUCUGAUGAGGUGCACUGUGGUACGCAGGCCUCCCCUACAGCCCACAGGCCACGCAGUUGCCCUGCUGGUCAGUUCUCCUGUCCACCACCGGGGGGCUGUAUCGAGGCUGCACGACGGUGCGAUGGGAUCCCCCACUGUCCCAAAGGGGAGGAUGAGGCUGGCUGUCACCCCCAUGACAAUAUCACCACCCAGUCAGACAGGCCUUUUACGCCCACCCCUGUACCUCUCAGAACGCCCUCCAUGGCAGCUGUCACUCACCCAGCGGUAACAGCCACAGAUGGUGGCCCGGGAUAUCGAGGUAUCUGCUCUUCUGCCCUGGGACUGGAGGAUGGCAGGAUCCGUUACGGUCAGCUGACCUCCUCCACAUAUAGAGAGAACAACCCCGCAGAUGGAGGGCGACUCAACAUAGUUCCCAACGUUCUGAUUAUGGAGCCCGGUUGGAGCCCCUUGCCUACUGACCCUCAGCCAUAUUUCCAGGUGGACUUCUUGGAGCCCACCUGGAUAUCUGGUGUGGUGACGCAGGGCAGCGAGCGCAUGUGGGGCUAUCUCACUAAGUACCAACUGGCCUUCGCCCUGAAUGCCCACUUCUUUACAGACUACACUGAGAGUGGGAAACCUGGCGACCCUGCUAAGGUGUUUGAGGUGCGCAUGGUGGGCAGGACCCCAGUUACCCGUUGGCUGGGUCGGCUGGUCAGAGCCCGCUACCUUCGCAUUAUCCCUGUGGAGUUCAGACACACCUUUUACCUUCGUGUGGAGGUCCUUGGCUGCAGAGGGGAUGAGCUUGUGACCCCAAGCAGUCUCACUGUGUCUCCGUCUGGUGGUGGGAAGGGGACAGUGCACCCUUGUGAGCCGGGCCAGUUUGCAUGCCAUCACAGCGGAGAGUGUGUCUCCAUCUCUGCGCUUUGUGACAGCCGGCUGGACUGCAAGGAUCACUCGGAUGAGAUCAGCUGUGGUACAGCUCCGACAAGAGGCUUCCCCGGGUUAAAGAACCAGACCAGCCCCACAGGGCGACCUGGUUUCCAUGAAGACAGCGUCACUGGCGCCCCCGGCCUCCACACCACCAGAUCCCAAGAUGGCCACCCCAGUGUGGCUACAACGGUUGCCAAAUCUGGGCUUACAGGCCAACCUGGACUUUACAAGACCACUACCCCAACCACCGGUAAGCCCUCGUGGAUCACCACUACCCCAUAUGAUGGUGGCCUUCCCAGAGUGCUUUGCGUGGAGGGUCAGUUUGCGUGCCGGACAUUUGGCUGUGUGGAUGCAGCACAGGUGUGUGACGGCCAAUGGGACUGUUUUGACGGGUCAGAUGAAGAACGCUGCGGCACCACGGCCAGGCCAGCAUUAACCAUGCGGCCCCCCCUGGUGCCCAGCCCCUGUUCGUCCAAGCAGUUCUCCUGUGGCAGUGGGGAGUGUGUUCACCUGGACCGCCGGUGUGACUUACACAGAGACUGUGUGGAUGGGUCGGAUGAGAAAGACUGCGUGGACUGCAUCACAUCUCCGUGGACAGCGUGGAGCCAGUGCAGCGUAUCCUGUGGUCUGGGUUCACUGUUUCGUCAGAGGGACAUAUUGAGGGAGGCGCUGCCAGGCGGAGCCUGCAUUGGUGCCCAGUUCGACAGCCGUGCCUGUUUCCCCCGCGCCUGUCCAGCGGAUGGCCACUGGUCGCAGUGGACGGGGUGGUCAGAGUGUGACGCUCAGUGUGGCGGUGGAGUCAGGAGGAGGAACCGCACCUGCUCUGCGCCUCCUCCAAAGAACGGUGGGCGGGACUGUGAGGGCAUGACACUGCAGACACAGAGCUGCAACAGCCAGCCCUGUGGUUCAGUCACCGGCACACAGACAGGCUGUGUUAACGGCAUGGUGAUAGUGACAGAGGCAGACUGCCUGAUGGGGAGAGUGGAGUCUUGCCCUUUGACCUGCUCACAUCUCAGCUUGACCACCAACUGCACUGAAAAAUGCAUUCAAGGGUGUCGUUGUCCUGAUGGUCUUUACUUUCAGGAAGGGAGAUGUGUGAAUGCCAGCCAAUGUGUCUGCUACUGGGAGGGACUGACUCUGCAGCCUGGACAGGUGGUCAGCAAGGACCAGUGCACCACAUGUGUAUGCAGAGAUGGACAGGUCACCUGUGAUGCCUCCAUUUGUGUGGCAAGCUGUAAUUGGUCGGCAUGGUCAUCAUGGUCACCGUGUGACGUAACCUGUGGGCUCGGUUUACAACAGCGCUACAGGUCCCCAGUGAACCCGAGAGGUCCAGUAAGAGGACAGUCCUGUCUGGGAGACUCCUCUGAGGCCCUCCAGUGCUUCCUCCCCUGCAUCCCUGGACUACCGGAGCGAAUGUGGAGCAAGUGGACCGCCUGGUCAGAGUGCAGUAAAACCUGUUUCCACCACGUGGAUGAUGUUGGCUUCAGACGGCGAUUUCGCAGCUGCAACCACACACACACCCCUGCCUGUGGUGGCGAUAGUGAGGAGCAAGAGCCCUGUAAUACCAUUAACUGUCCAGUAAGUGGUGGCUGGUCAACAUGGUCUCCCUGGUCCCAGUGUUCCUCUGAGUGUGACUCAGGUGUCCAAACAAGAGAGCGUUUCUGCAAUUUACCCUCCCCACAGCACGGGGGCAGUACAUGUCCUGGGCCACACAUUCAGACGCGAGACUGCAACUCCCAUCCCUGCUCAGGUGUGUGUCCUGAAGGAAUGGUAUAUAUGACAGCAGAUGAGUGCAAGGCCCAAGGCGGGGCGUGCCCGCGGGUGUGCCUGGACAUGACCUCCAUAGAAGUUCAGUGUGCCACCAAGUGUUAUGAUGGCUGCUACUGCGCCCUGGGCUUCUACCUCUUCAAUGGAAGCUGUGUGCCUUUGGCCCGGUGCCCAUGUUACCACCAGGGGGAGCUGUAUCCAGCUGGGGCCAUACUGCCUGUGGAUGCCUGCAACAACUGUACCUGCACUGACGGAGAAAUGGAAUGUGGGACAGCUCCUUGCCCUGUGGACUGUGGCUGGAGCAGUUGGACCCAGUGGAGUGCGUGCAGUCGAACAUGCGACGUUGGCGUGAGGAGGAGGUACCGUGCGGGGACCAAUCCCCCCCCGGCAUUUGGGGGCCGCCCUUGCAAAGGAGACAGGGUGGGGAUGGACACCUGUAGCAUCGAGCCUUGUUAUGGUGUGAAGGAGCCGUGGGGAGCGUGGUCUGAGUGUUCUGUCACAUGUGGAGGGGGUUACCGCAACAGAACACGCGGGCCGAUCCGAACCCAUGGCACCGCUCAGCAGUUCAGUGCCUGUAACCUGCAGCCCUGUGAUGAUAGCAGGGUGUGUCCCCCAGGCCAGGAGUGGAAGCAGUGUGUGACAGGAGUGGUGUCCUGUUCAGACAUCACUAUGGAGCUCAGCAGGAACUGUACACCUGGCUGCCAGUGUCCACACAGGACUGCCCAGCAGGAUGGGGUGUGUGUGCAGGAGUCUGAGUGUCGCUGUGAUUUGGAUGGGGAGCAAUACCACCCAGGAGACAUCAUCAUCAGAGCCUGCAACAACUGCACGUGUGAAGCUGGGAGGCUGAUGAACUGCACUAAGCUCAGCUGUAACGUGGAUGGCCAGUGGUCCUUGUGGACUCCUUGGGGACAGUGUUCGGUGUCAUGUGGAGCAGGUCUCCAGUCAAGGUAUCGAUUUUGCUCCAGCCCCGAACGCUCCGGCAGUGGCUUGCCCUGCUUCGGACCCCGCCGCCAGGACCAAGUCUGCAUGACCGCCCUGUGUGACCGUGAUGGUGGCUGGGGUCCGUGGAAUAACUGGACGGUCUGUACUAAGUCAUGUGGUGGGGGUGUUCGGAGCCGCAGGCGUGAAUGUGACAGUCCCAGUCCAGAAGGGGAAGGGAAUUACUGUGAGGGGCUGGGAACUGAAGUCAUAGCCUGUAACACUGACCACUGCCCAGUGGCGCCAUGCUCUCAGGUCCCAGGGACCGUGUUCAGCAGCUGUGGCCCCUCCUGUCCACGCUCCUGUGAUGACCUAGCUUAUUGUGAGUGGAGCUGUGAGGCAGGGUGCUACUGUACUGAGGGAAAGGUUUUGUCGGCCAACGGUACAGUCUGUGUAGAGAGAGAAGACUGUCUCUGUCUGGACCUCAACACUGGACAUCGGCUGGAGCCAGGAGAGUCUAUCACGGCCCCCGAUGGAUGCAACAACUGCACCUGCGAAGGUGGUAGGCUCAACUGCAGCAGUAACCCUUGUCCAGUCUCAGGCAGCUGGUGUGAGUGGUCGGAGUGGACCCCGUGCUCCAGGACAUGCGGGGCAGAAUGGGUGUCUCGCUACAGGAGCUGCAGCUGUCCUGAACCCAGAGCUGGAGGGGCGUCCUGCCCGGGGAAACAGGAGGUCCACAACAGAGUAGGGAUUCAGAUCCAGAGACAACCAUGUCCCGUCAUUUCCUUCUGUCCAGUUCAUGGCUCAUGGAGUCCCUGGUCAGCAUGGUCAGAGUGUGAUGCAUGUGCGGGGGCAUCCAGGCGUUUCAGGCAGUGUAACAGUCCUCCCGCCAGGUUUGGUGGCUUGCCCUGUCUUGGAGAGAGCUGGCAGAGCCGCCGCUGCCAUGAUAACACCACUGUCUGCUCAGACUGCUAUGGAGGGCAGGAAGAAUGGCCUUGUGGGAAGCCCUGUCCACGCUCCUGUUCAGAUCUCCAUGGCGACACAGUGUGUGCGGAGUCCCACGAGUGCAGUCGGACCUGCGGUUGCCCGGGUAAUAUGGUUCUGCAAGACGGAGUGUGUGUAGCCCGAGAGGAGUGUCGCUGCAAAUACCACAAUAGCACUGCUACUGGUGAUGUGGUUUCUAGUAAUGCAUCAUGGGCAUGGCCUGGUGAUUCUAAUUGGCAGUAUGCAAAUCCUGGAGACAGCAUUAUAAGUGACUGCAAAAACUGUUCCUGUGAGGCUGGGGUUUUACAAUGCCAAUCAGUCCCAGGUUGCCAUGUCGAUGGUGGCUGGACCCAAUGGGGAGCCUGGACGGAGUGCUCGCUUAAUUGUGGAGGCGGGAUCAAGUUCAGAGGGCGCCAGUGCGAUAACCCAGCACCACAGAGUGGUGGAAGAGGCUGUCUGGGUAUAUCUGAACAGCAGAAAGAAUGCAACACACACAGCUGCACAGACUCUGUGGGUCCAUGGCUGGCCUGGUCUCAGUGGUCAGGCUGCUCGGUCAGCUGCGGCGGAGGGCAGCAGUCCCGCUCUCGCCUCUGUCACUCCCCACCCUGCAGCGGCCUCAGCAGGCAGAGCAAGAUGUGCAACACUCAGGUCUGCCUGGAGGUGGGCUGUCCCCCCGGCAGGCUGUACAGGGAGUGUGAGCGAGGCGAGGGAUGUCCAUUCAACUGCGCCCAAGUCAGUGGCAGGGAGGGCUGCUUCUCAGACAGCUGUGAGGAGGGCUGCCACUGUCCACCGCAAAACUACCAACACCAUGGACUUUGUUUGCAGGAGUGUCCAUGUUUGGUAGACAGAGAGUUCCUCGCCUCUCUACAGAGUGUCUCUAUUACACCGAUCUCCUCUCUGCUCAUCCAUAACAUCUCUGAGGGAGUGGAGGUCCAGUCUGGAGACUCACUGGUCCAUGACUGCAGCUCCUGCUGGUGUGAGCACGGCAGGUGGAACUGUUCAUUGGAGAAUUGUCCAUUAGACGGUGGUUUGUCCGCCUGGGGUCCAUGGAGCCCUUGCUCCCUGUCCUGCGGGGGUCUUGGUCUGAAGGCCCGCUCCAGAGGUUGUACCCAACCAGCUCCGGCUCAUGGUGGGCGAGACUGCCAGGGGCCAUUACAGGAAACUACCUACUGCCAGGCCCCUGACUGCCCAGUGAUUAUUGGUCCUACAGAAGAGCCCACCACACCUGAUGAGGAUGCAGGCUUCUCUCUCUGGUCAUCAUGGAGUCCCUGUACUAAGACCUGCACCGAUGCUCUCAACCCGGCUAUGAAGUCCCGUUACCGCAAUUGUGUCAAACAGCCCUGUACUGGAGCCUAUCACCAGGAGAAGGCCUGCAACCUGCCCCAGUGUCCAGACGAGGUAUGUGUGGGGGAGGACUGUGUAUGGAGGAACUGUUUGUGGACAGAGUGGGGGAGGUGGGGGUUGUGCUCGCGCUCCUGUGGAGUGGGCCAGCAGCAGAGACUCCGGACUUUCCUCAGCCCCGGGACCAACGGCUCCUGGUGUGAGAACAUCCUGGGGGGGAACCUGGAGCCCCGAUUCUGCAACAUCAGGCCCUGCCGAGUGGACGGGGGCUGGUCCCGCUGGAGCCCCUGGUCUCGCUGCGAUAAGCGCUGUGGUGGGGGGCGCUCCAUACGCACUCGUUCCUGCUCCAGCCCGCCGCCCAAAAAUGGUGGGAGGAAGUGUGAAGCAGAGAAGAACCAGGUCAAACCCUGCAACACCAAACCUUGCGAUGAAAAAGGUUGUCCACCGGGCCAGGAGUUUGUGCCUUGUGCCAAUGAAUGCCCACAGCGCUGUUCAGAUCUCCAGCAGGGCAUCGAGUGCCAAGGCAACACAGAGUGCCAACCUGGCUGCCGCUGCCCCAAAGGCCUUCUGAAGCAGGAUGGGGUGUGUGUGCAGUUGUGGCAGUGUGACUGUGUGGACUCAUUGGGACAGAGUUGGGCUGCAGGCAGUUCGCAUCAGGUUGACUGUAAUAACUGCACCUGCUCUGACGGACAGCUCCUCUGCACCAAUCACAGCUGCCGGGCCACAUGCAUAUGGAGCUCUUGGUCCAACUGGGCAUCAUGUAGCACUUCCUGUGGGCAAGGCCAGAGAACUCGAUACAGGUCCCUAAUCCCCGAGACCAAUGGAGCAGAUUGUCAGUUUGAGGAAGUCCAGCACAAACCAUGUGACCCGGGACCCUGCCCACCUCUCUGCCUGCAUAAUGACCAGGAGCUCAACGUGGGAGACACCUGGCUUCGGGGAGAGUGUAAACAAUGUACGUGCACCCCAGAGGGAGAUUAUUGCCAAGAUAUUGACUGCCGAGUGCACGGUGGUUGGACCCCGUGGUCAGUGUGGUCUGAUUGUCCAGUGACCUGUGGACGGGGGACACAAGUUCGAACCCGGGCCUGUGUCAACCCUCCACCACGCAACAAUGGCUCUGAUUGCAGUGGUCCAGAAAGGGAUACUCAAGACUGUCGCACACCUCCAUGUUUGGAUGACCUUUGCCCUUGGUCGCUGUGGUCACCAUGCUCCCGAAGCUGUGGAGCAGGGUCGGUGUCACGGCACAGGGUGUGUGUGUGUGAGGAGGCUGGCAAUGCAGCUUGUCCUGCUGACAUUGAGAUGGAGAGGAACAGACAGGAGACCCAGCUGUGCUACAAACAACCCUGUCCAAGCUGUCCCAUGUCGGAGUGGAGUGGCUGGUCUCACUGCUCCUGUGUGUCACAGAGGCAGCAGCGCUAUCGUAUAGCUCUCUCCCCUGCCACAGGGGGGCAACAGUGCACUCCUGUGGAAACACAAAGCAGGGCCUGCAAACUCAGUAACUGUGACAGAUGUGAAAGCCCAUUCCUCUUCUCCGAGUGCGGUUCACCCUGUGAGAAGCAGUGUGACCUGAAGAGUCAUAAAGACACAUGUUUAGGGGUCAGGGAGUGUGUGCCCGGCUGCUACUGCCCACAGGGACUGUUGCAGCAGAACGGUAGCUGUGUUCCUCCAGAGCAGUGCGGUUGUGUCUACUUGCAGCAUCAAUCUUCAGGCCAAGCGCCCACGCCUGUGAUUGUCCCUCAGGGGGAGAUGGUGACCAUUGGCUGCGGUGUCUGCCUCUGCCAUGAUGGCACUUUGCAGUGCGACAUGAGGGAGUGUGAAGUCAUUCUCAGCGAGUGGUCUGAAUGGACACCCUGCUCUCCGUGCAUACCCUCUUUCUUUUUGCUACAACCAAGCCUUCCGUCUUGGGGGAAUGCCAGCAGUGGUGGUCUGGUGUCAGUUCAGAGGCGCUACCGGGCCUGUUUGGACCGGGAUUCUGGUCUUCCCACAUCUGGAGGGGAGGAGGACCAAUGUCCAGGGCCACUGAUGGAGGAGAGACUGUGCCCAGACACUAAUGUGUGCAAAGACAUGUGCCUGUGGAGUGCAUGGAGCACAUGGGGUGCAUGUGCAGAACCAUGCAGUGGCGGAAUCAGGCAGCGUCACAGAUGGCCCCUGGCCUCCCCUCCAGGACCCCGCUGCAGAAGCCAGCAAACACAAAGCCAGAGCUGCAACACGGGGCUCUGCCCAGGUGAACGCUGUGAGGAUCGGGGACGGACCUAUCAAGAUGGCUGUGCUAACCAUUGUCCACGCAGCUGCACUGACCUAUGGGAACAUGUCCAGUGUCUCCAAGGAGCCUGUCACUCAGGGUGUCGGUGUCCAGAGGGGCAGCUGUUGCAGGAUGGUCACUGUGUGCCAGUGACAGAGUGUCGCUGUGGUAUCCCAUCAGGCAAUGGGUCUGUAGAGUACAGCCCUGGGGAGAACCUCACCCUGGACUGUAACACAUGUGCAUGUGAGAAUGGCACCCUGGUGUGCAGCAAACUUCCCUGUCCAGUUUAUGAACCGUGGAGCCAGUGGAGUUCCUGUUCUGCAUCCUGUGGGCAUGGUCAGAGAACAAGGACACGCCCCUGCCAGGAUGUGGAAGGCGGUCCUUCCUGUCAUGACACCAAUCAGACUGAGAGCUGUAUUCUGCCAAGCUGCCCGGAGGGUUGUGUGUUGAGUGAGUGGUCAUCCUGGAGCGAGUGCAGCGCCUCGUGUGGUGGUGGCAUGUCGAUGCGGAACAAGACAGUCCUGCGGGAGCCAGAGCCAGGUGGGCUGGCCUGUGCUGGACUGCUGGAGCAACAUACUAUCUGUAACACCAACAGCUGCCUUCCCGAGUGUCCCAGUGGUCAGGUAUUCAGUGCCUGUGCUGGUUCCUGUCCAUACACCUGUGAGGACCUCUGGCCCCAUACUCAAUGCUUACCUGGACCCUGCAGCCCAGGCUGCACCUGUCCCCCUGGAAAGGUGUUGCACCGAGGCUCUUGCGUGUCCCAUGCUGAGUGUCCCUGUUCACCUCUCUCCCUGCCAUUUGAUAGCCACAACUGGAAUGUCACAGAAGCCCCGCUGCCCCCUGGAAAAACCAUACAGCACCUGUGUAACAUAUGUGUUUGCCGACAAGGAGUAUUGAACUGUUCCUCAGACCCCUGUGAUGUUGACUGUGAGUGGUCUAGCUGGUCCCAUUGGAGCCCUUGUUCGGCAAGCUGUGGUACAGGGCACCAUAGCUCCAGGAGAAUGGUCCAACGGCCCCACGAAUAUGGAGGGGCCCCGUGUGAGGGCCCUGACCAUCGCACCACAACCUGCAUAGUUUCUGAUUGUGCCUGUCGUGACGGGGAACAGUGGCGUAGGAGUGUCUCAGAGGAGGUCCCGGUGUGCGAAAGGAGCUGCAACGAGAUAUACACCUCCUCUCCUGUCAACUGCAGCGGUUCCAUGGAGGGCUGUGUAUGUCAGGAGGGGUUGUACCGCAACACAGAUGGGGUGUGUGUCAUACCUGCCCUCUGCCCUUGCCAUGACCAGGGCAUAUUACGAGAGGCGGGGGCGGAGUGGCAGGAGGGCUGCCUGUCAUGUCGCUGUGUGAAUGGGAGGAAACAGUGCCAGUCGAGAUGUCCUUCGCUUUACUGUCAGGAGGGGGAGGUUAAGGUUGAGGAGCCCGGGAACUGCUGUCCAGUCUGCAGAAAGAAGUUUCCUGGAGAGUUGCUGCCAGAAUGUGGUCGCUACACGCAGGUCAGGAACAUCACCAAGGGAGACUGUCAUCUCGACAAUGUGGAGGUCAGCUACUGCAGAGGCCGCUGUCUGUCCAGGACGGAUGUCAUCCUGGAGGAGCCUUACCUCCAGGCAAUGUGUGAGUGCUGUAGUUACCGUCUAGACCCUGACAACCCGGUGCGGUUCCUCAGUCUGCAGUGUGAGAGUGGACAGAGCGAGCCCGUGGUCCUGCCCGUCAUACACAGUUGUGAGUGCACUAGCUGCCAAGGAGGUGACCUGUCCAGACGCUAAUUGGGAAUACGCGGUGUGUGUGAGAAUGUGUGUCUCUGUAUGCAUGCACAAGUGUGUGUGUGUGUGUGUGUGUGUUUGCAAGUGAGUUAAUGUGUUCAUGCAUGUGUGUAUGUGUAUAUACAUGUAAACAAAUGUGCAUGUGUAGAAGGGAAAAAGAAAGUAGGAGAUGUUGAGUUGGAGAGGAAAAGAAGACCUCGUUGAGCCUGCUCCGAGAUGGAUGGAGGAAUUUGGGCUGGAUGAUCAAAACGUCUGGCUGGAUACAGAGGCAGAAUAAUGGACAAUGAGUGUCGAGACCCUGUUGGUGUAUACAUUGUUCUGUAGAACUCAGUCGUGAUAUGACGGGAGGCUAAUUUUCAUUACAGAGUUCUUAUUUUGCAACUCUGCUGUUCUUCAACAUGUACAUACCCCCCCCCCCGUUGUGUGUUUAUAAGAAAAUAGCGGGACCUGUACAGCCCAAAUGAGACCUAUUAUGUAAAAUGAAAACAUAUAUGUAUACUUAUGGGGAAAAAAAAGCAUAUAUCCAAAAAGUGAGCAUUUCAAGAAUUUACUUUAUAUUGUGCAGUUGUAUUUCUUUGUUCCCAGGGUCAAUAAAUAGGUUGUUCACAUGGACAACGUUUUCAGCUGUUAUGUUUCAACUUGUA